AUGCUUGAGAAGAGCAUCAACACUGACCACUUUAAGGGAAUGGACAACAAAUCCCCCAUGCCUAGAAGGUUGGAGGGACAAAUUGCAAUUAUAACAGGUGGGGCCAGAGGAAUUGGAGAGGCCACCGCCAAGCUCUUUGCAAAACACGGAGCCAAGGUAGUAAUUGCUGACAUUGAAGAUGCUAUUGGCACUUCACUGGCCAGUUCUUUGUCCCCUUCAGCAAUCUUUGUGCAUUGUGAUGUGAAAAAAGAAGAGGACAUCAAGAACUUGAUAGAUAUAACGGUGUCCAAAUUUGGGCACGUGGACAUUCUCUUCAACAAUGCUGGGGUCCUUGGAAAUCAAUCAAAGCACAAGAGCAUCAUGGACUUCAAUGCAAAUGAAUUUGAUCAUGUUAUAGGCAUCAAUGUUAGAGGAACAGCACUUGGUAUGAAGCAUGCAGCUAGAGUGAUGGUGCCAAGAAGGCGUGGAUGCAUUAUUUCCACAGCUAGUGUAGCUGGUUUCAUGGGGGGGCUUGGUCCUUAUGCAUACACAGCUUCAAAACAUGCUAUUGUAGGGCUUACCAAAAAUGCAGCUUGUGAGUUAGGAAAAUAUGGUAUAAGGGUCAAUUGUAUAUCCCCUUUUGGGGUAGCCACUUCCAUGCUUGUGAAUGGAUGGAGGAAUUGUGAGGAUGAGGGAAAAAACAUGGAACCGUGUGAAAAAGAGGUUGAAAAAUUGGAGGAGUUUGUUAGAGGGCUCGCUAAUCUUAAAGGAGCUACAUUAAAAUCUAAUGAUGUUGCAGAGGCUGCUCUUUAUUUGGCAUGUGAUGAAUCCAUGUAUGUGAGUGGUCACAACCUUGUCGUUGAUGGCGGGUUCACUGCUUCAAAAAAUUGUGUGGGGCUAUAG